AUGGGCAUGAUACGCGUUUUACCUCAGCUGCUUUGUUUGAUAUACUUCUGGGGGUUCGAAGCAUCUGUUGCUGCUCCUCCGGUGUAUGCCUACGGCCACGGGCCUGCAGAAAGGCCUCUCUCUUGGGGUAUAUUCGUUACAGUUGCUCAAAUAUCUCAGAUGUUUAUAGGUGUAGGUGUUACGUUUGUUUCUAUGUACAUUGCAUGCACUGCACCUUAUAAGGCUCUGUGGCACAGACAGCAGCUCGAUGAUGCACUUAGCUACGGACAUUAUAUAACAUUAAAAAAUCUUUACUGGGCGUGCUUAAUGUAUUCAACAUAUUUCUAUCUAUUUGCUGAGUACUUCGUUAAACGUUAUCUUAGAAAGCCUCAAAACAAUAAACACCAGCAGCAUCAACUGCAGCACCCCAAGGAGCAUCAACACGAAGCAGCAGCAACAACAGCAGAAGAUGAAACAGCAGCAGAAACAGCAGUGGCCAAGAAGCAGCAGAAAGAUGUCUAUAAACGCAAACAGUAA